GUAAUCUUCCAAGUGGCUGCCGUCUCGCGCUUCUAACACUUGGAACUUGUCUCUAUGCUGCAGGGCCUAUGUCCUGAUAAGUCUGCCUCGUGCGAGCGAAUAAUGGCGUUAGCUUGCAUGGAAGACUCUCCACUGCUCUUUCUUCGCGCUAUGCAGCCCCACAGUGCAUCGAAGCGUCUAAUUUACUCGCUCAGACGGACAUAAAGGAGACAAGCAGGAGGCCUCUUGCCCUCCAAUAACUACCCACAUCCACGACAACCAUAACCGUUGGAAAUGGCUAAGUCGAAAGUACUCUUAGUUUUCUGUGAUGGCACUGGGAUGGACGGGAAUACCUCGGAUGGCUCGCCAGCGGGCACCGAAGCUGCGGCACAAAACGUUCAAUACCCAACAAAUGUGCUGCGACUGUCUCGUGCUGUAAAAGACAGAACCGCCGAUGGGCGUCGCCAAGUUGUUUUCUAUCAGAGUGGUGUUGGUAGCGAGGCCGACUUCAAAGGCGAUCAAGUAAAUGGAACCAUUCUCAUGCAGGCUCUCGGAACAGCUGUCGCGAGUAAAAUCAGAGAUGCGUAUGCUUUCAUUGCGCAAAACUUUGACGAUGGCGACGAAAUAUGCAUUUUUGGCUUUUCAAGGGGAGCCUACACUGCGCGCAAGCUCGCGGGUUUGGUCGAUAGGGUCGGUCUCUUGGAGCGCGAAAAUCUUGGCUACUUCUUUGCAAUAUGGAACCAACUUGAUCAGGGAAAGACGCCGACUAUACCUUCGGGAACGCGUUCGACGAAGAUUAAAUGUGUCGGCGUUUGGGAUACCGUUGAAUCCGUCUUCUCUGGCCUUUUACCUUUGAACCCGAAUGCCAAUGCACUCGGAAUUACUGACGCCGCAAUUCCGGCUUCGAUAGAGGUUGCGCUUCACGCACUUUCGUUGCACGAGAAUCGUGACAAAUUCCUUCCAACGCGUUGGGGGAGCCCAGCUCCUGGACAAGUGUUUAAGCAGAUGUGGUUUCCUGGUGCACACUCAGAUGUUGGAGGUGGCUAUCAACGUCACGAACUAGCGGACAUUUCUCUCUUCUGGAUGGCGGGCGAAAUAAGCUCUUUCAUUAAUCUCGACCUCGACUUCAUCCGCCAAUCUGCUCAGGAGAGCCCCGAUCCAUGGGGUGCCUCUCAGCCACACAACUCAUAUGACGAGACAAUAGCCCCAGAGAAAGCUGUCAUAUUCCCUAAGAACCGUCUCGACGGCGGUAAAAUUUCGCAGACCGACUCAUUCCAUCAGAGCGUCCUGCAAUCUCCUGAUUCUCUUAAAGAUCCGCUCUUUAUGAUUACACUUAAUUCGCUGAAACAGAAGUUUGGUAGUGGUUGGCAACCGACGAGUCCUCCCUUGAACGAUUUUGAAACGCUUUGCAAGGAGAAGUGGAGUAGCCCACCAGCGAAAGACCAAGGAUCAAUCCAGUUCGAUUUGCCACAGACGUUGUUUGGGCCCCUCGAGUCUGCUGCCUCUCUUUUACCCAAGUUACCGUUGCGAUUCUGA